AUGAAGAGCGCCAAGCAAAAGUCGCAAUAUAGCGGUCUGCUGUCGGGACUAGAAGAUCAUGAAUCCGACAGCCUCAAGUUCGGGGAUCAGAUAGCUCUGAUUCCGGAAGGACAGAAUGCCAUCUUGAUGCACUCGGGGUCUUUGAAAAGUAGACCACUGAUCCAAUUUUUCAAUCAAGCUGUCACGAUGCCGACAAACAUGUUAGACUGUCGGUGGAGAAUAUUCCCCAAGUGUCAGUACGAGGCAUCGAAAGCGCUCAAGAAGAUCCAGAAGAAGAGAGCGUGGGAUGAAGGGAAAGGUCUUGCUCUGCCUCCUAGGCCAGGAAAGUUUGAAACUGUAGAUGACGUGGCGUCCACUUUUGCAGCCGAACACAACUUGCAUAACGUGGAGGCAGUGAAAGAAGUUGUACAGAGUGUCGCUGCCAUGGAGGAGGAGAAAGAGGCAAACACGGCCGAGCUGACAAGGAGGCAAGGGAAGAUUAUACUAUUCGGAGACAGCAUCCAGUUGCAGCACGUGGCUUCGGGGUUGUUCCUCACCGUUUCGAAGUUGCGCGGGUUCGAGAAAAGCACUCGAGCGCUGGAGAUGACGGACCGAGGGAGCGAUCACGCCAUCUUCCGGGUGCAACCAGCUUUCAGAACUUACGGGCAGGGCGAGCCGAUCGGAUCUGGAGAUCUGGUCGUGUUUGUCAGCGAGAAGAAGGUAUUCGGUACCACGAUGUUCUUUCACGUUAGCUCGACAAUAGGCCAGGAUCUGGUCCUCCAAGACAAGCUCCUCGACGAGAAUCAGCUGAGCUUGAGCUCAGAUGGUCGCACGGGAGUAGAAGAGCUCUGCUCUUCUCCUACUGACGUCAAGAUGACCAUGUUCCGGCUUAUCAUCUUCCGGCAAUGGGACCUGCCGGAGGAGCAGGAGGCGUUUGUAUAUGGAGAAGACGUAGUAUGUCUGUAUCACAAGGACUUCGAGUCUUACCUCGAGUAUGAUGGUCACGGGAUCAGUCAACCGGUGUUCACUGAGAGCCAGCGGACUUCGGAGAAGGCUAGAAAGAAGAGUUACUGGAUGUGGAAGCUGGAAAGAACCUCCCUCGUAUCAGGAGGGCAGAAGCUAUACGCCAUGGCGCAACAGUUCCGGAUGAAGCAUCUUCCGUCAGGCAUGUACCUAUGUGUGAGCGAUGACAAGACUGUGGGUAUGACAUCGGACGUGAACGACGAGAACACGUUGUUCACGUUCAAGCCCUUCUCCAAGGAAGAGACUGUACAGCCCGUGAAGGCCGGUUCAUCCGUGUACCUCAUCUCUAGAGCUCAUGGUUGGAUCAUCGCAGAGCACUCAACGAUGAGACCCAACGACGACGAGAUCGCCAAGAGAUACCGCAGGAGGAUUGCAGUUCGUUCGUUGGACCAACUCCCCGAGCGAGAUGUUCUGACUUUGAUGCGAGUGAAUGCAACAAUGACGUCGAAUGUUCUCAAGGUUUCCAAGACCAUAUCCGUCCUCAAGACUCUCUUGUACCAUAGGCUUGCUCGAUUGCCAGAUUUCCAAGGCGAGCUGCAAACCACCUUGCCAGAAGAACUGCCGGGGCAGGCUGAGCUUGUGAUCAAGAUCUAUGACGACGCUCAUGGUCUCACUCAGCCUCACCUGCUUCGACUGCUUCUCAACGCUACCUACGACGACGACGACAACCCCAUGUCUCGGGACGGAGUUCCGAAUAGGCUGCUGCAGAAGCUUCUGCGGGAGACGUCCUGCAUUGAAACCGUCAUGAGCAUCCUCGAUGAGACCUUCAAGAAAGGAGUUCACAUCCGAUGGCUGGAGGCGGAGGACGCGAGGUUCAGCAGGAUGGUGGAGCUGAUGAGGUUGAUGUACAGGCUCAUGAAACAGGUGGUGAAGGGCGACGAGAAGAACUCGCUGGUGCUGAUGCGAUACAAGAAGACCAUCCAGUCGCAUCUCGGCCGAAGUCUUCAGUGCACGGGCACACUCAUGGAGAUGUACGUGGGCAAGCGGAAGCUGCUGAUGAGCAUCACGAGGGAGGAACUAGAGAUGGUCUUCCGCCUGCUAGAGGAGGAGAAGAACUCUCAGUACCUUGACCUCCUACUCUCCAUCUGCUCGCACCAAGACACACCCAUCCCUUCCAAUCAGCUCCACGUCGCUCACCUCCUCGGCGAGAACCGCACCAUCCUCCCCCGCACGAGGAUCACUAAGACGAUGGGAGGAAGAACAAAGCUGGAGUUCUCCAUCUCCGACUCGAGGGGCUCCCCCCUCCCUUGGAUCGACGUUUCUCAGCUGCAGAGCAGGGGAACCUUCCUGCACGGCAGGGACCUUUGCUCCGACAUCCUACUCGCUUCCUACAUGGACUUGAGCCCCCAGCAGAAGAUGGUCAGAUUCUUCAUCCGCAGCACAAACUUGAUAGGGCGGGUAGCGCUUGGCCGCAACGUGCCAGCCAUCAACAGGAUGUUGAACAUGCCGGAGUUCUGUUUCGGUUACGAGGAUGUUCUGUCGGUGAUGGAAGAGGAGAGCGUUCCGUCGUUGAUCCGCGCUCAGUAUUCGCUCCUCUUGCUCCGGCUCUACAUCGACCGAGAGCCUCGAGCAUCUGAACCUGAGGUGUUGUACACGAGGAUGUCUCGGAUGAUCCAGGAAAGGAACAGCCACAGCAGGGAGGAAGAAGGGGAGGGAGAGGAGGAGGAGGAGGGCCGGAGGGGGAGCGAUAGAAGGGGGGAGGAGGUCAAGGGAGAGGUCGAGACGGGGAGGAGGUUAAGAGAUCUCUCGCUCUAUCUGCUCAGGAUGAUCGAGACAUGGAGGGGGGAAGGGAUCGUGUGCGACAUGCGAGACUGGAGCCUCGACGUGGCGACCUACGGGGAGAUCGAGCUGCUGCGAAGCUGGAUCGACACAGUCGACUUUCUCUUCGACGUCGGCAUCGUCUGCUCUCGUCGCUCAGCCGCAUGUGACGUGUCGUACGCGCAGAGGCUUCUGGCUGGGCUCCACCGCCUCGUCCACCUCCCUGACUCGUACGAGCCACCAGCAGCAAGCAAGGAGACGAUGAUGCGAUGCAGCCUGCGGUCUCGCGCCCUCGAAGUUGUGCAUCGGCUCAUGUCUCUCAAGACUAACAUCCGCAUCUCCUUCUUCGUUGAUCGCUGGGAAGAUUUCUUCCUAUCCACAGAAGAACAUGGGGGAGCGAGUGGAGGAGGGGCGGGAGGAGGCGGAGAGGAUGACAGCUCAUAUCUGUUGCAUCAAGAUGGUAGGGACGGAAGAAUCAAGAGCCUGGUGCAGGAAAUGUUUGAUGAACAAAUACUUGGAAACGAAGGAAACAUCAGUGACGUGUACGUCGAAGGCAGCUACAACUCAGACCUGUUCGUGAAGUUGAUGACAGACAUGCUUGUAUUCAAUGACAUCAAACUGAGCAGACAGGCCGUGGAGCUUCUGAUCCGACACAUCGAUCAGAAAGUUCGAUUCCUGCAAGACAUGGAGCAGAUUCAGGUGCUGGUGUACCCGGAAGCUGCGCGCGUGUACGAGUCUGCCCAGCUGCUCGUCUCCGAUCUCGUCAGGCUCAAAGAUCGUCUGCUGGCUGACAACGAGGAGGCCCUCCAGCAGGCGACUCUUGUCAUCCGCACCAUCUCAGCUGCCCUCAUCCCCCAAGGCGCCAGGUCAGCCUCCAUCGUUCGCAAGAAUCAGACCAUCCUCAACAACCUCGACCUCGACCGCCACGUCAUCGAGAUCCUGCGGCUGGUGAGUCGCUCGACGAGGUCGUCGGAGCCGGAGGAGGAGGAGGAGAAGGAAGAGGCGAGCAGUGGACAGAGAGAGCUGUUGCAGGCUUGCUGCACCUUCAUCUCGCUCAUGGUCAAGGAGUAUCCGAGGGCUCAGGUCAAGGUUGUGGAGCACGUGGACCUGCUGGUAGAGCAGCUGGGGAAGAAAGGGAUCAACGUGGCAGACGCUAUCCGAGAGGUCUUCUCCAACAACCUGCCCUUGUGCUCUGAAGUCCCGGAGAGCCUGUUGCGGCAUCUCACGUCCGCCAUCAAGACCUGGGGGCAGGAGGAGAGUUGGAUGCGAGCGCUGGAGGUGUUCCUGCUUUGCGAUGGGGUGCUGAUCAAGAGAAAUCAGAACCUCGUCUCCCGUCUCCUGCUGGAAGAGCAUGAAAGCCUCCUCCUCCUCUCCUGCGACUUGUUGGCCGACUGCCUUGACAAGGCAGAGAGGAGGCGCGAGCUCGAGUUUCACAUCCAGUGCCUGCGCAUCCUAGCACUCUGCGCGUCAGGAAGCAACUUGAAAGUGCAGGUGAAGCUGAUGGAGCUGGUGGGGCUGGAGCGAGUGGUGCGCAGCAUCGUGGAGCUCGACGAGCAGCUGAGAGCGGAGGGGCGCAGCUACGACAAUCAGCUCUACAGGCUGCAGGAGAGCAGGACGAGGGUUGUGACGAACGUCUACCUCACGUGCGAGGACGGACGAGCCAAAUUUGCGAUCCAGUCUUGUGGCUGCAUCAUGACGGCAGACGCCGAGGGACGCAGCCUCUUGGCGACCUUUAUGCGGCUGGUGGAGGACGUCGAGAAACGCCUGGGAGCAGCAGGCGAGGAGGAGCAGGACAAACAGGAUGCUAGCUGCAAGCUCGUCGAGAGCUUGGCAGAGGCUCUGCGAUGGAUGAUAACCAGCAGCGACGUGGAGACAGGGGAGGCUCGUAGCGAGCAGCUCCACCCCCACAUCCAUCCGCAGCUGCUCUCCCUGCGCAUCAAGCUGGUCUCGCUCUACCAGACCUUCGGUCCUCAGCUGCAGGAGUCGACGGAGAGCAUCAACGCGCUCUUGGUCGAGCUCAACCACCUGGGAGUGCUCGGGGACCUGCUGGUGAAGGCGGAGACGGGGGAGGCAAGCUCAGAGCCUCAUCGCACCGUCGAGGAGCGUUUCCUGCAUGGGCUGCGGAGCUUCAAGGAGGGAGUGAGGAGCGUCAUCGGUGACGACAGCAGCGGCUUCUCCUCCUCCCUCAUCCGCGAGAUGUCUUGCCUGCUGACUUCCCUGCGGGGACAGGACGACGACUUGAGCGCGCUGAGAGAGUUUUGCCGGCUCAUAACGGACGAAGACUGCGAGUCAGACCUGCAGCACGUCGGGCUGCAGGUGCUCCGAGCGAUCGUGUACCUGAACCCCGCGAAGAAGAGCAGGAGGGAGCAGGAGGAGGAGUACGCGAGGAUGAAGACUUUCGACGACCCCUCCGAUGCUCAGAACAACGUUCCUGAGUUCUUGAACCUGCAGCUGCUGGUGGCGCAAGCAGGGGCGGUGGACGCUUUCCUGGCAUGCUUCUGUCAAGAUGAUGCACGCAUAGUACGAGAGUCUCUCCUGCUUGCUAACUCGCUCCUUGCCGGGGGGAACGCGAUGGUGCAGCAACUCUUCUCGCGGUACCUCGCGUCUCCUUCCAGCCAGACAUUCUUCUUGAAGCUCCUCGACACCUUCGAGCAUGCGACCAUGCAGAUCAAAGAAAGGAAGAAGAGGUCGAAGAAAGACAAGGCGAGGAAGAAAUUAAUCGAGUCAGCCACCGUUGAGAGAAGAGAAGAGGAUGACAACGGAUAUGUCGUGAUGACGGAGGUCAUGAAGUUAAUGCGCAGGCUGUGCAUGGGAGGGAACAAAAUGCUGCAGGACAUUCUGAGAGAGCAGAAGUUGAAUCGAGUCUCCAUCAACUUCUUCGAGGAGACUGUCAAAUAUCUCAUCGCCAGCGAGCUGGACAUCAACUCUCUCAUUGCGUCUGCCAACGUCUACGAGGUGGAGGGGAUAAUCCGCGCGUUCAUGAUGAUCGCUGACGCCAUGUACGGCCCCAACCUCGACAACCAGUGGGAGCUGUCGACCGCUGACUUCUUCGACCUCGUGGAUCGCAUCUUCUCCCGCGUCUUCUUCGAGACUUGCUCGAGCAGUUCUCAGUCGCCCGACAGGAGCCCGCAGGCGGUGAGGGUCAGGAACCUGAUGAGGACGCGGCUCAAGGUCGCCAUGUCGACUUGUCUCAACGCCUUCCUGGAGGGCGUCCAGGAUGACGUCAUCCCUGCCCGGAUGAUCACUACCCUGCAGUGGAGCGGAAUCGUGCAGCAAACCACUCACUGCUACGACAUGCUGCAAGAGAAGACCGGACUCUCGGAGGCGGAGCUUGUGAAGGAGGGAAUCAGCUACUUUCUCGUCAUGUCGUUCCUGGUGGCGUUUGAUCGCACCGGAGUGAUCAGGAUGGCGAUCAAGCAGACGGAGAAGGCAGGAGCAUUCUUUAGGGAGAGGAUGGCGAACAUCGAGAUCGAGAGGGAGGGGAGGUUGGAGAGGAUCUUCUUCCAGCUGCCCGAGGAGUGUGUGGCUGGGGGGGAGCUGGACUUGAGCUACAUGGAGCUCUUUGAGAGCAUCGAGAGGGGGAAUCCGGAGAAGAAGAGCAAGAGCUACAUAGAGAACAUGAAGAAGAUCAUCGCGCGCGAGGAUUUUCAUCAGAGGAUUCGAGACUCUCUUCUCUUCUUCACUGUCACUCACUGGGACUUGAUCAAACGCGCGACCCUCGUGUGGGUCCUGCUCCUUCACUUGCUCCUCGUCUGCUCCAGCUACGCCCCCAACGAUGUCCUUGCCGGCGAAUCUGCACAUGAUCGUUACGUUGAAAUGAAGCUCAACUCAACGGAGUACGACAGACGUUUCUUUGAGGCCUCGGGGCGGGUGCAGGUGGUGGUGGACUACAUGUGCAUCGUCAACCUAGUGCUCUGCUCUUUGAGACUCUUCUCCUUCUGCACAGUCACAGCACCCGAGAUCAUCCGAGAGCAGAGAUUCCGAUCCUCACAUCUUCGCCAUUCUACACACAUCCCGUCAGGUUACCAGAAACAGAACAGCGGGGCUGAUCUAUGGCAGGAUCAGGAAGAUGUGUUUGUAGAUGUGUUCAACGCACAGCAGAAAGCUCCGGCUCGUGCUCCGAUGGAGAAGCUAAUGGCGGCCGAAGAGCAAGAGGAUGGAGAAAGAAUCUUGAAGAGAAGAUUCAGGGCAAGGAAGCUGUUGCAAGGGAUGCUGAUCCUCGUACAGUCUGAGAAGUUCUUGUAUGAGGUUGCUUUCUUUCUCUUUUCUCUUGUUGCUGUUGUGAUGGACAACACGUUGUUCACCACCUUCAGUCUGCUUGAGGUCUUCCUGUUGGAAUCCUCUCGCAAUGUCAUCGACGCGAUGCGGUUCAAGUCCAUGGCGAUGCUGAACACCUUCUUCAUCGGGCUUGUCUUCCUCUACGCCUGGAUGAUCUUCGGCAUCCUGGUCUUCGAUGACUUACAUCGCGAUGACAAGGACAACCCCAUCUGCUCCAACAUGUUCCAGUGCCUCGUUGCGUAUCUCUUCAUCGCCAUGCGCGGCGACGGCAUCAAGGAUAUGACAGCCGCGCCGUCCAUACCUCACAACCUCGUCGACUCGCUCUCAAAGCCUGACGUCUUCCUCCUCCGACUGCUCUGGGACUUGACCUACCAGUGGCUCUUCAUCUACGUGCUCCUCGCUAUCAUCACAGGCAUCGUCAUCGACGCCUUCGGCAGUCUCAGGGACAAGAAGCAGAAGGAGGAGGAAGACCUCAACAGCGUCUGCUUCGUCUGCAACCUCGAUCGCUUCCGCAUCGAUCAGUAUGGCGUUGGGUUUGUGAAGCACGUGAAGUUCGAGCACAACGCGAGGUGGUACCUCUUCUUCCUGAUGCGAGUCAAGCACACCCCCGUCACCCUCCUGACCUCGCAGGAGAGAUACGUCAGAAGCAAGGUCUGGCCACAAGUCGGGAAACCUCGCUAUGACUGGCUGCCCAAGGAGAGGACGUUCUCGAUGCCUGAGGAGAUCCUGGAGGAGAAGGACCGGCUCGAGCCCAGGCUUGCUCAACUGGAUAGCAAACUGAACGCCUUUGAGAACAACCUCCUGCAGCUCAUGGAGCGUGUCCGUGAGAGGAAGGAGGCUGGUACCGAUGACAUACUGACCCUGUGGAGUCGGACGCUUUCUAGCGCUUCAGUGCGUGCAUGA